AUGAUCUCUACCCCUCAACAAACAAGAAUAAUAAUAAUAUUGAAGGUAUUAACAGGUCAUCAUUCCAUGAGACCAAUGUCGAUGAAGUCUGACGCUGCCGAGCGGCCUACAAACAUGCAAGAGGAUAUGGCCAGAAUGGGAGUUAGCUACGUUCAACACACUGGAGAAGCAGGCAUGAAAAGCUUUACUUCCAAUGAACAAAGUGUCAAUGCUCGUGCCAACGACGACAGAAAUUUGAGUAGGUCCCAGCCACCGUACCCUACGGACAAUGCCUCUUCUGUCGGCAAUAAUCGAGAGUCGAUGAAUAAUGGGCACAGCACUACAGAUAUACUGGAUAACUUCUUCCAACCGCAAAAAAGUCACGCAUCCUCCGUUACUAGUGCCUCCACCACUGGUUUGGCCAAGUCGCGCAUAUCGCAACAGUGGGUCCACAAUCCCACUAGGCAGCAAGACCCUCGUUCGCCACUUGUUACUUUGCUUCCCACGUCUGCGAAUCCCACUGAAGUUCUGGCGCAACGAUUUGCAGCAUGGAGACUUGUUAUUCGGUCGAUAUUAGUUUAUAUGACCGAAACCGUCUCAAUUCAAGACGAGAUUGUCAGACAGCAACUGCGACUAUCGCAUGCAGUUAAUUUCCCAUUUUUCGCUACUGAAAACAAUUUGCAGCCCGCGACACCAGAAGAGAGAGCCAUACAAAGGUUCUUCUUGCCCUAUGGCAAUGGCUCCAUUCAAGAUCUGCCCAGUAUUUUAUCACAAUAUCACUCUCAAAUGGCCAAUGGCGCUUUGAAAACUUCUAAAGAAUUGGCGAAUGAGGUCAUUCCCCGACUGGAAGACCUCAGAGGUGACCUAUUGAUCAAAAUGAAAGAGAUAAAAACUCUUAAUACUGAUUUCAAAAACGAUUGUGGCAAGGAGUUGCAACAAACAAAGCAUGAUCUAAAACAGUUUUACGAAGCUGUGGAGUCGGCACGUUACGGUUCACCAAAACAAGAUCCAUAUUUGCUCAAGAUUGCGCUUGAAAAGCAAAUAAAGAAACAGAUUAGUGAGGAGAAUUUACUUCACGAAGCUUUCGACAACUUACAAGGUUCUGGUCGAGAACUAGAAAAGGUAGUUGUCAUGGAAAUUCAAAACGCAUUGACUAUCUAUGCGCGUCUUCUAGGUCAAAACGCUCAAGUUGUUUUUGACUGCCUAGUUUCCAAGCUUGAGGUUGGGUUUUUCAACAAAGAACCAGUUUUCGAGUGGGACAACUUUAUUGCGAAGGAUGCAAACUUCAUACCGCCCAACGUACCCAACCGGCGUAUGAAAGAUAUCGUUUACAAGUAUCAAGAUGAUCCGCUCACUUACGAGGUAAAGUCAGGCUUUUUGGAAAGACGCUCGAAGUUUCUCAAAUCUUACUCUAAGGGGUUUUAUUUAUUAACACCAAGUUAUUUGCACGAGUUUAAAACACCUGACAGGAAAAGAGACACAAUUCCUGUUAUGUCCCUCUCGUUGAAUGACUGUACUGUUGCAGAACACUCCAAGAAAGGUUCGUCUGAGCAUAAGUUCAUUUUGCACGCAAAACAAAAUGGCAUCAUUCAUCGUGGGCAUAAUUGGGUAUUCCGCGCGGAGUCUUUUGAAUCCAUGAUGAUGUGGUUCGAAGAUUUGAAAAAACUUACCUCAACUUCUAGUCCAGUUGAAAAAGCCAAAUUCAUCAUGGGGAAACUGAACUCAGACUCUGACAAAAAAGUUCGACAGAGAGUUUCAUCAGUGAAAACAAACGGUAGAAUGACCGGUCAACGUGUUUCAACCCCUCAGCAGCAGCAGCAGCAGCAGCAGAGCGGCAACUUCCAAACUCCGAACCUUGACAAUCAAACAAAUACUAAUACGUCUGUUUCCAUUCCGGAGACGGAAUAUACUAACCAUAAUAUGAUCAUCAAUCAACCCAGAUUGUCAGAAGGAAGCAGAGACCGCGCAUAUGAUGAAGGCGUCUACGCUGAAAAGGUCAGGGACUCAAGUCACUUUCGAACAAACAAAGCCGGCGAUUCGGGACAUUACUAA